GGCGGUAACGAAGAAUCAGAUGGCAGAGUCAGCGUGUUGGGGCACACCUUUGACAGAUAAUCCUGAGAACCCUCCGUCGAAGCUUUUUGAAUGAUACCUAGCUAUAGGACGUCUACAAAGACCAUUUGAAAGACUGUCAAACUCGUUUUUCGCAGCUGGGCUGAAUGGGGGCACACUGCCCAUAUUGCGAAGCAACUGACAUAGAUUCGAUCUCUUACAGGAGUUCAGCUGCUAACGUUGCAGUUGUCUUAUUUCUAUAGCCUACCUGGAUAAACAGCGACGAGGCUCGCAGUUUUGUCAUAACCCGAAAUACUAAGGUAGUAGCCUAUUUGGGUUCCGGAAUCUGCUCGCAUGCAUUUUCGUUUAGAAGCCGAAUUACCCUACAAACAACCGCUACCUCUAGCUAGGCUAGUUUACCGAAUACUCCGUUGAUUCACAUCUAAAAUUAAAUAGCCAAAAUUAAAUAUUACGUUUACUAUCACAUGGCAGCACAAUUAUAACCGCGACCACGACGUUUUUAGCCAUGCUCUAUGUUUAGAAUGCUUGAACCUACUUCUUCUAGCCACGUAGCUGAACUAUUUAGCUCGCCUGUCACUCUCUGCCGAUGACAGGUGCCAGUGAAAAUACGGAGCACAACAAAGGACAAGAAAAGAACAGGAAUUCUUAAGUGUACGAUCUAUAUUACAAGGGGUGAUCGGCAAAGCGAUACGCGACAUAAAACGUAAUUAAGUGUAAUUAGUAAAGUUUCAGUCACGUAAAGGCUACACUACAGGCUCAGUUGCACUCAAUGGAAUUUUAUCGGGCUAGGCUACACGUUUAGGUAGGCUAUGCUAAGAUCAGUUCGGUAAAUCAUGUUUAUGUAGUUAGAUUCUAAACAACAACUUUCCAAAAAUAAUUAACUUUUACUAAAAGCAAAAAUAGCAGUUAAGACUGCAAUCAUAAAAGGUGAUAUUCAAUUUCACAUGCUUGGUCAUGCUUGGAUGCAACUGUCAUACUAGAGCUGUUGUAUUUCUGUAGCUAGGUGUAGCCUAGAUCAAGAUAGCUUGCGCGCAAAUAACAAAACAAAAUGUGUGCGGCAACCGAAAACGAAAUUUUAGACCACCAACAAUGUCAGCCAUCCCCGCAACCUCAAAACGGCGUUGACUUGGUUUGUGACAGGAGUAAAAUUCUGCCCCCGUUCAGCGUUGUGUUAGCCACCGUUCUGUAUUUUGCGGAGUUCAUCAGUGCGGCGAUCAUUUGUAGCAUGUACAAUGAGACAGACGACCGCGUCUGGAUGGGACUUACUAUCACUUUUAUGUUAGUGCCAGCUGUGCUGAUACAGCUGGCCCUGACUUUCAUCCACCGAGAUUUGGGAAGAGACCGGCCUCUCGUUCUUUUUUUACAUCUCCUACUUUUGGGACCGCUUAUCAGGUGUAUCGAGGCCUUGGUGAUAUACUUCCAGGCUGGUCGGAAGGAGGAGCCGUACGUCACCAUCUCCCGGAAGAUCAAGCUCAAGAAUGGCCAGGGAACGCCCAUGGAGUGGGAGAUCGGCCACUCGGAGCGCAAGCUGGCCGCCCACCGCAACGCCUUCAAACGCACCGCCGUCAUCCAGGCCUUCCUGGGCUCCACCCCUCAGCUCACCCUGCAGCUCUACGCCACAAUCCAGGAGAAAUACUUGCUAAAUGCCAGAGUGGUCCUUAUCGCCAUCACGCUCGUCUCCAUCACCUACGGGGCCGUGGUGUGCAGCGUGCUCGCCAUCCAGAUCAAGUACGACGACUACAAGGUGCGGCUGCGCCCUGUGGCCUACGUGUGCAUGGCGCUGUGGCGGGGGCUGGAGAUCGCCACUCGAACCACAGCCCUGGUGCUCUUCAGCACGGCGCUCACCUACUGGGUGGUGCCCGUGGGGCUGGCCAACCUGCUCUUCUUCUUCUUCCUGCCCUGGGUGGAGUUCUGGCGGAGGAAGGCCUCGCUGCCCGAGAACGUGGAGAAGAACAUGAGCAAGCUGGGCACCACGGUGGUGCUGUGCAUGGUCACCUUCCUCUACGCCUGCAUCAACAUCUUCUGCUGGUCGGCGGUGCAGCUGAACCUGGCCCACCGCGACCUCAUCGAGAAGCAGAUGAGCUGGGGCCGCCUGGCCCUGUACUACUCGGCCCGCUUCCUGGAGAACGUCUUCCUGGUGCUCAUGUGGUACUUCUUCAAGACGGACUUCUACGAGUACGUGUGCAGCCCCCUGCUGGCCGUGCAGCUGCUGAUAGGCUACAGCCUGGCCGUCCUCUUCAUGAUGCUGUUCUACCAGUACUGCCACCCCUGCCGGCGCCUCUUCAGGCACAACGUGGCCGACUGCCUGCGCUGUGUGUGCUGCAGGAGGGAUGCCCGCAGCCUCCCCUCCACCCCCAGCGACGCCGCCGCCGCCGCCGAGACGCUCCCGCUCCCCCCCGACCUCACCAGCCAGCUGGGCGACUACGAGGCGGCGCUUUUCGAGGAGGUCGAGGCCGUGGACUGAGCGGGCCGCUCUUCGGCGUUGCACGGAGAGACGGGGAGAAGAAAAAAGCUCCCGCGGAUGAGCUUUUCCUACCGUAGGGAUGGACGGUCAGGAAAACUGUCUGGCCUCGUUCAGACAUCUGCACUACGGACACUCGGGGUGAUUCCUAAAAGCUGUCAUAUCAGAUCCAAGCAGUGAUAUCCUAAACUGAUUCUUAAAAGUAGCAUCCAAACGAUUGCUGUCAGCUUAUUAACACAUACUCUUUGCAGUACAUUAAUGUGCAGGUAACAAGAACAAAUAAACUUAGAACACGCGCGAGUGCUAUUAUGGAAAGAAUUGAAGGCAGGUUCUGCUGAUGCAUGCAUGUAUACACGGGGGGACUAUGUAUAAAAAGGGCUGUAAUUCCUACAUGGAUCACCAGAUAUGGACGUAAAUUAAAUCAAAUUAAAGGUCACUCUGCACUUUAACCUCAUAUUCAUUGUUUCAUUUCAAAUCCAAUGUGGUGGAGUACCGAAACCAAAACAACAAGAAUAGAUUCACUUUCCAAAUACCUAUGGAUCGUAAUGUAUGUGAUGUGCAGGCUGUCACUAGCUAAGCUGUUAGCAUAAAUUGCAAAUGGCAAAGCUGGUACCAUUGAUUCUGUUAAUCAAAUCAUGAAGUGGUUAAAGAAAGCUAACGAUGUCACUGAAUUUCAUAUUUUAAUAAAAGUCCAUUUAUAAUCAAAUUAAGGGGUAAAUAUAUACAGCAGAGAUUCUCUUCCGGAACAAAAUUACAAUUUUAGCGUGUGAUGUUACCAUAAUGGCUUGCCAGAAGAAGACCCCACUUCUCCACAGAUAUUUUUUUGCAUUGUGAUUCAAAACCAGAAAGCACAAUUCAAUCUGCCAAUCAUGAUUCAGGCAAGUGAAUUGAUUCAUAUUUAUUCAUGUAAUCAAUAUCCCUUCUGCCUGACUACAUAGAAGCAGUUGGUAUUGUUACGAUGAUCUUGUCCAUUUAUUUUUUUUGUCACCUUAAGAAUGUAAAAAAUUUAGAAAGAGGGAGGAAGUUUUUCUGACAACCAAAACAAAAAAUAGCCCCUGUAUCUGAUGUUUACGAAUUGGAAAAUACUAAUAGAAUGGUGUCCAUUUCUCCUUAUAUUUAAAUAUACUUUUAUGAAUCACCCUCUUUGGAUGGCCUUGACAGGUAGCGGUUUGUAAAUACGCCUUGUACUGUAUCUAGAUUUGCACCAUGUGUCUUUAAUUUACAUUUUGCUUGUACAUGCUUCAAGCAAUGCCUGUGUAUUUUGUUUUAAAAGGGGAUGCACCAAUUCCGUACUUUUCAGCUUCUGCCAGAUGCUAAAUUCAACAUAAAACAGUUGGCUGUACAGCAAUUAAGUCCAAUUAAUUCUCUGAAUGCAAACAUCAAAUGUCAUAUGUGCUUGCAUUCACCCUGUUCUCCUGGAAAUGGAUGCUUUGUUGAUCGAAGAACAGACUGUUAUACACGCCCAACUGGAUUGUGUGUGUGAAUCCUACAUUUUCAUGCAUGUCCUGGCUUCACUGUCUUUCAGCAAUGCAACAUUUAAAAGAAAGUUAUCUUUAUUACAGUAAAGAACUUCAAUUUGUCUUCUGUCUGCCAUGAAAAACUUCACACUGUACAUCUAUGCUUAUCAUUCUCAUAAAUCGUGUGGUCAAUGUACACCAUUAGGAUUGGGUGUCCACUUGCAUGUCUGUAUGGCACAUCUAGAUUCUCCUGAUUCACCAGUGGCUGUGCUUACUCAAUAUGCACAUCAUUGUGGCUUUGUAUAUAAUAUUAGGUACCAUUAUCACGUAAGUAGCUGUAGCAGACAUCAUUUUCAAUGGAGCAAUGUUACCAUCAUGUUCGUAAUAACGGCCUGCAAAUUAUACAGGCUGCAAAUUAGCAUCAUUGCAGUUAUUCCAGCCUUUUCUUUCUGUGUUCAAAUAAAUGUGUGACAUUUCCACUGUAGGAUCAGGAUCAGCUGAAUCAUAGCUGCUUCCUAAUGCAUUGCAUUUUUUAGCACCUUUCAUCUCAUGAUCUGAAAGAACCUCCUUCUGCAACUGUAACGACUGUCACUAGGCAAGCAAAUGGCCCAACAACAUGUUCCAGGUGCAAAUGUUUCACAGUUAUGCUGUGUUACCUCCACCUUGAUAUUAUUCUGCAUUGCAGGAUAUGACUAAUGUCUCUUGUUUUUCUGGAGUCCUCAUCUUGCACAGUGAAAUGUUGUCAUGCUGGGCCUUUAUAGUUUUUAUUUGUCAGUAUAUGUACUUUUCAGCCAUGACAUAAUUCACCGUGGCAUACAGUGAAUUAUGCCAAUGUUGCAUGCCACAUUUCCAGCAGCAUUAAUCAGCAUUGCUGUUAAGCACAUGAAAUUCAGGCUUUGCAACUAGAAUCUCUCUUUUUUUAAAAAAACAGGUAUUCAAAUUCGAGUCAAUUCCUGGAUUCGGUGCAUCAUUAACUUUAAUUUUCGAGAUGUUUUACAAUUGAAAGAAAAAACUACUUUGUGAAACCAGUGCCUUGAUAGAAAAGGACAGUCUGUGUAUAUCAUGAAGAAUGCAUUCUACUGUGUCGCAAUAGCAGGUAACAGCUUAUUGAUGGGGGUGUAAGUGGGGCUUAAACAGGAAGAGACUCAGGGAUACAGAGCAGGCCACAGGGAAGACACUUCAACCGAACUUCUGAAUCUCUGAGAGCGUCCUCACAAAAUCAAGAACCAAGUUCCUCAAUCAAACCAGAUCCACUAAAAACUCUGCCAACUCUAAAUGAACCUUGUCACUAAGAGAACACAAACAACAAAAAGGCAAUCAAAUUAAACAGCACACGUGUACAAACCAAAUAUUCCAAGAACAAAAAAGAUAAUGCUCACCUACUGAACUGCAUGUGUUCCUCCUUCCUUUGUGACAUCACCUGACUAGGUGACUCAGAACUUACUUCGUUUCCUCACAUGGUUUCUCGUACAAAGUGACAUGACCAGUCAUUUUGUGCCUCUGUAUGCUAGUACAACAGAGAUACACAAAGGCAGGCGUCACACUUGAGCAGUUAUAGGUUUUAAAAAAUAACUUCAGCCACAGUUCUGCACUAUACACACAUUUUAACCAGAGUGAUAGUAAUCAACUCUUUUCUUAGCAUUUAACAUAUGAGAUUUGGCCUAAGUCACUCGGGAAUUUAGGAAUGCAUUUUAAUUUCUUUAACACUUCUGACAGUUUUUUGAUAAGAACAGACUUGAAUAAUGAAACCUGUGACAUGUUAGAUGUGAAAUUAGUUUCAACCUAUAUACUAUACUGAACCCUUAAGAUUUAAAUGUGUUUGUUUGCAUUGACCCUGAAAUAUUUGGAAGCUGAACAGACUAUGAUCGGCAUAAAGCAGGUCUGUCAGUGGGGAAAGGAAAACCAUUUAGCAUUCAUUCAUCUGUGGCGGGUAAUUUUUUAUUUUUUUUGUAAACAUUAAAUAUUUAAAUAGUAUGUGCUGUUUGCUGUUGUUUAAUGCAAGGCAAGAUGUUAUGUUGGACACAGCCGCAACUGUAUUGUUCAUUAGCCUACAUCAAUAACAAUCAUGUGAAUGUGCUGCUAUAAUUCCUACAUGGAGCCUCAACAGUGACUGUACGGUUGAUCAUAGCGCAGUUUUGUUACCUGUUACACUGAAGUGCCUGUGUGCUGCUGUACCUUUGACUCUAUACUUGUUUUAAAAACUUGAAUG